CAAACUCCUUCUUCCUUGGGUGUGUGUGUGAGAGAGAGACAGCGAGAGGCAGGUUUGACAGACUGAGGGUUCUGUAGGACUGCCCUGUUUAGUUGUGAAAAUGGUCCUGUUAAAAACAUGUAAUUUCAGAAAUGAAAAUGAAUAUGGAGGACCAAUAGACUUACAAUAAGUGAUUAGAAUCAGGACCAGAACAUGUGGAUUAACAUUGUGUUGGCCUGUUUGCAUCUGUUAUAAGUAGGAUUUAAACCUGGGAAUAUUGUGCAUACAAGUUUUGCUUUGUUUACAGUAUGAAUGCAGUACUGGACAGUGCCUUGCACAGAUUGAAGAGGAGUGGACUCUCUCCUGUACACUCUUCCACCGAUCCUUGGUUAGUAUUGAAAUGUUCCCAUAGUUCCUUCAAUUCAAUAAUGGACACCACUGCUGAAAAAUUACUAUAAGAACCCAUGACUAACCUCACAUCAUGUGGACCAGGUGAUAGGCUACACAUCCCAUAAUGUUGUGUACGAGUAGGACAAGACAUGAGUGGCAACCACAGAAGGUAGAGCUGACAACAAUUAGAACAUUGGUUUACUUUGAGGGCCACCCUGAGCCUGAUUUAAUUUGAUGGAACUAUCCCCUACCAACCAGACCUCAACAUUGACAGGGUGGCUGGGGGAAGUGGUACAAACUCCAUCAGUAAAGAAAAAAACCUAUAAAGAAUAAUACAUUAAAAAAACAUUGACAUCUACAAGACAACGUUGAUGAUCUGGAAUUUUAUAUAAACUGAAACAAUAUUGGGUCUGGGAAACUCUGAUAUUGAUCAGUUUUGCAGUCCUAGCUUCAUCACAUAACAAUAGUCUGUCAUUAUCAUGUGUGAAUGUUGCUGUUUCUUAAUAAUCUACUGUGAAAGCCACUUGCCACAGCUGACAUCCCUCUGUGAAAAAUAAAGUUAUUAUAUUGUAUUAUUUUAUUUUCUAUCAGUUACACUGCAUUCUAGAAUUAUAUUAUAUUCUCGUGGCUGUACCUAAAAGUGACUUAGUUCACAACAACUGUCUUAUCUAGGCUUGUGGUUCCCAACCUUUUUUGCUUACUGUACUACCAACUAAAUUUUGCUCUGCCCGGAGUGCCCCUGAAGUAUACCCUCGUGGGCAUUUUACCAGUAAGCCUAUGGUCUCAUGAGUCUUCUUAAGUAUCCCCUGUGGAUAGGCCAAGUACCCCCGGUUGGGAACCACUGAUCUAGGCUAUUUUCAUCCUUAAUUUGACCACCUAACUACUGCCAUCACCAUCAUGAGUGCAGCCAGGAUAGUCAUGGCUAGAACAAAUCCAGCUUUGGUAAAUUAAGGUCAAAAGGUCAUGUGUUUUGCAUUUUACCUAACCCUAACACUUUUUCUCACCUUAACCUAAUUAUCCUAACCUGCUAAGUUAAUUAUUCUAACCUGCUGCAUAAGCCCUUCUAACCAUGACCCCAGGAGAGGAGAGAGCAACUCCCAGCCAAAGCAAACUUGUGUUGGCUUGGACGGUUUCUAGGGAACCUGUUGCUAUCAACAACGUGGAUCAUAAAACACCAAGGUCAGUUCUUUGCUCCAAUCACAGAUCAGCAAAGUUUUGAAUCAGCCAAUCACCUAUCAGAAUGCUAGUCUACCGGAAGAAUGGUGUUUUGGAGGAAGCUUUGCCUGUUGAAUGAAAUGCUAGCAAGCUAAGUAAAAUAUAUUUAACAAUAUACAUAAUCUACCAGUUCGAGGAAUAUUGGGGUUUUCACAUGGUGAGUGACUUCUGAUGUUAACGCUACAGUAGAUACUUCAACUUAUUUUUAGCUAAUCAAUUUGUCCACAUCUUAGCAGAAACUCUGUUUAGCCAAAUAGCUAGCUAGCUAACGCUACCAGGCCAUUUCAUAUGGUAUCUACUAAAUUUCAUAAGCUACGUAUCUAUCUAUCUUGCUAGUAUAAUGUCUAUCUAACUAACUACUUAUAUUUUGAUUGACGGACAAUCUCCUACUAAACAAGAAUCACAUCUGACAGUGAAUCAACCCCACCUUGUUUGUUUACACUUGCCCCAAUUUCCUUGAUGUUUGUGAUGUACCCAGGGAAACUGUCCCUUAUCAAGGCCUGCUUUGCACCAUUUACUCUGUUUCAGACAGUGCCUCCCUUUGAAAAAGUCUCCUUGACUGGGUUUGUUUGAAGGUGUGGUAGUGCUGGGCCACAAUAGAAAGGUUGAGCUGAUGAGGGAGUUAUUUUGUGGCCUUUGCGUAGUUGACACACAGCUUUUUUUACUACAGAAAAAAGCACUGAGAACCCGAUCAAUCUCACCACCCCUACAUGUGCACGUGAAUGAGACCACGCCUGUGCAUGUGCAUGUGAAGAAGAGUAGGAGCCCUGCCAGGACACCACAGGGUAAGACUAAGGGCGAUGGAGGGAACCUGCGACCUACUGCAAAGGUCAAGACACGGGUGCCGUGGAUACCGCCUGGGAAGGCCUCCAUACGGGAUGCCUCCUACAAAUGGGAGGGGCCGACUCAUCGUCUGGAGAUCACAACAUUACCUCAGCCCGAGAUCUCCCACUCUCCGCUGCGAUUUGCCGACCUCUCGUCAGAGGAGGAGGAAGUGCUGCAUGGACGAAUCAACCAGUACGAGAGGAAGAUUGACAGCCUGAUGACUGAGGUGGAGCUACGAAGGAAGGAGCAGCUGCUGGAGCGGCAGUCUGAGAAACUUAGCGCCUCCCAGCGUGUCAUUGAGGAGCAGGAGGAGGAGCUGGCCGAGGUGGCCAAUGAGCUGGAGGUCACGGAGAGGGAGAACUCCCGCCUGCGCCACUCCAUGGAGAAGAUGCUGGACGAGAGCGACUGCACCAGCAGACUAGAGAGGUCUAUGGAGUCGAUGCAGCUGGAGAAGGACACUCUGCUCAGGAAGUUGAUGGAGGCUGAGAUAGAUGGGACAGAGGCUGCAAUACAGGUGUCAGCCCUCAGAGAGACCGUCACUAAGAUGAGGAGUGUCAGCACCAGCAGGAUGUCUGGGACUGAGUCUUCCCUCCUGGCGAUUCAGAAGGAGCUGCUGCUCCAGAAACUGGAGACGUUUGAGGCCACCAACCGCACGCUGCGCCACCUACUGAGGGAACAGCACGGACGUGAGCUGGAAUCCACGAUGAUGUCAGAACAGAAAGAUGUACUUCUGAAGAGGCUUACAGACACAGAGGCAGAAAACUCGAAUAUUGUGGUGAAACUGCAAGAGAAAAAGAGGGAGGUGAAGCAACUGACUACGCUUCUGGACACAGAGAAGGAGAAUGCUAAGACCACAGGCGAACUGUCUAAAGUGCUGGAGUCUACUCGGGCCCACUUGCAGAGCCAGUUACGCAGCAAAGAGGCUGACAACAACCGCCUUGCUGUGCAAAUCAAGAACCUGGAGCGGGCGGCCAGUCAGCAGCAGGAAGAGAUGGGUCACCUGCUGGAGCAGUUGCGGGGUCUGAAACUACAGGCGGAGGCCGACAAAGAGGACCUAAAGAGGGCCACACGGGCCCAGAAACACCGGGCUGAACGCAGCGAAGAUACCGCCGGGCAGCUCAGCACCCAGCUACUGGAUGUGAAGAACCAGAUGGCAGAGGCCCUAUCAGCAGCAGAGAACUGGCGUGGUCACCACGCCCAGGAAAUGAAGGACAAGACUCAGCUAGAGAUGGAGGUCUCAGUCCUCAACAGCCGAAUGUCAGACCUGACACAGCAGCUCCAUGGGAGAGAGGACAAGGGCCGGGCCGAGAGAGAGGGGCUCCUGGACCGCCUACACAGUCUCACCACAGAGGGCACCCACUGCAGGCUACAGAACCAGAGCCUCAAGGCCAGGUUAUCUGCUGUAGAAGAGAAGCUGGCUCUGUCCCAGUCAGAGGUACAACAAGUCAAAGCCUCUGUGAAGCAAUACGAGAGCCUGGUAAACAGCUAUAAGACCCAGGUGGUGAAGACGCGGGCGGAGGCGGACGAGUACUGUGCCAGGCUGGGACAAACGGAAUGCGAGGCACGGGAGGUCCGGGACCAGAUGGAGAGGGAGUUGGAGGUGGUGCGUAGGGAGCUACUGGGCCGGCUGACAGAGCUGGAGCCUCUUCCUGAGGCACUGCGGCGCUCCGAGGUCCUACUGGAGGAAGCUCAGGACAGGGAACAUGCCCAGGAGAGACACAGCACCGAGCUGACCACUGCCCUGGCCGACCUGCACAUGAAGGUGGAGCAACAAGGCACCCAGGUGGAGCUGGUGAGAGUGAAGAACUCGGUCCUGUUGGAGGAGAACAAACAGCUGCAACACCGUGUGGAGAGUCUGGAGAGGAAGUUGGAGGAGGCCACCAGUCAAAACAGGGACCUGGCGGGGGUGAUCGCCAAGCGGGAGGAGACCAUACACAGCAACCAUCUCUGUCUGGAGGAGAAGUCCCGUGAGUGCACCCACCUGACCCGCCAGCUGGAGGAGGCUUUAGAAGACGCCCGACUACAGGUGUCCAACACCCGGGAGCGUGCGUCCACCAAAGAGCGCUCCACCCAGUCCAAGGUGGUGGACCUACAGACACAGUUGAGCAGGACCGCCACAGAACUCACCACCCUACGCCGUAGCAAAGAGGAGGUGGAGCGGCGUUACCAGUCGCGUCUGCAGGAUGUGAAGGAUCGUCUGGAGCAGUCAGACAGCAUCAACAGGAGUCUGCAGAACUACGUCCAGUUCCUCAAAGCAUCCUAUGCCAACGUGUUCGGCGACUUAGCCCUCACCAGCUCUCUGCGGGCCCCCUCUCCUAUCUGAGGGAACCAUCCCCAAAGAUUCUUUCAGAACACACACACAGACACACACACCUGUCUCAUCUGAGGGUACUCUGUCCAAACACACACUUAUUUAUCCAGGUCCAUUUUCAGAGGGCUCUUUUCAUCUAUAUGAAAUAUGUGGAUUUUGAGUGUGUAUAUGUUACAAUUAUACAAUAUCAAUAUGGCUAUAAUAUAUACAUUUUUUCAAGAAAGGAAAGUGCUGUUUGCAGACAUUAAUAGUUUACACAGUCUUCACUUCCAGCUUGGACAAGUACACCCAAACACGCUUCAGGCCAGCUAAAACAGAAAAGGAAUCAUCUGAGGGACUUGGAAAUCCCCAAAAAACACUCCUUACCCCAGGACACUUUAACUAGUGACUAUCAGGGAGAAUAUAGAAAAAGGAGCAUUCUGUUUCUGGGUAAAACUGAUAGAUUUAUUGAUGGGACAAAAAAACAAUAGGCUUACGUUUAGGCAUAAUUCACCUUCAUCAGAGCCUGACUCCCGGAAAGUCAGUAGUUGAAUAAUAUAUGCCAUUUAGCAGUCGCUUUUGGGUGGCCCCGGGAAUCAAAUCCACAACCCUGGCAUUGCUGACACCAAUCUCAACCAACUGAAGUGUGCUGGGAUAAGGAAUGUUUGGUGGAUUUACUUCCUGUUUGUCUACAGUAAUUGUUACAGUUGUCCUAUAGUUGUUGAUGUCCUACUAAGUCCAUUAUGUUUUAACCUCUACGGUUUAUGAUAUCUCAGCAAACUGUAUCAUUCUGUGCUGUACCCUACUGUACAACACUAUAUAGCUAGCCACCCACCUAACAAAUGUACUGUACCAAACCAUAGCUGUCCAGCUACCCUGUCGCGUAGCUGUCAUAUACAGCCUCCGUCUAUUUAUCAUCUUAUCAUGUUACAGAAUUGUUCCAUUGGUGCUAUGAUUGAUUAGCCUGGUCCCAGAUCUUUUUGUGCUAUCAUGUUAAGUCAUUGUUAUGUUUGGCGUGACAAGGAGCGGCAUGUUGGCACAAACAGAAUGGUACCCAGGCUAAUGAUUGGUGCUAUCUGCUAACCAAGGCCAUAUCAAUGAAACUAAUGAUUUAGUUUGGGUUGUUUUUACUGUUUAUUUGGGUCAGUAGGAGUUGAUGUGUUCUUGGCGAUAAUUGUAAUAGUUGUACUUCUACUUUAAAUAUGAAAUAGAAUAUAUAUAUUUUUCAUACUUUAAUAAAAUUAUUUAAUAUACCUUGAAA